AUGGAUAUCGCUCUCGAGAUCGUUGACACCUUUGCGGGCGACUACAUCUACGCCACGCUCAACCCGGCCAAGGCCGCCCCUUAUGACUAUCCCAACAUCAACUCCAAUGCCACCGGCCAGCCCUUUUCAACAUGGACGUACAAGCCCUCGACGCACUUCUUCAGCCUCGAGCCCUCGCACUACGCCUACGAGAGCGCGUGGCCUAGGGAUAACAUCAUCCGCCAGUGCAUCUCGGCCUAUAUGAUCACCUGGAUCUUUGGUAUUCUCUCCUAUUUCGUCUUCUCAACUCUUUCGUACAUCUUCAUUUUCGACAAGCGGACUUUCGAACAUCCCAAGUACCUGAAGAACCAGGUCAGGCUUGAGAUGAAACAGGCCAUGGAGUCCAUGCCCGGCAUGUCGCUGUGCAUGCUGCCCUUCUUCAUCGCCGAGGUGCGCGGCUACUCGAGGCUCUACGACACCGCCGACGAGUCGCCCGGCCUCUGGUACGACUACCUGCAGUACCCGCUGUUCAUCCUCUUCACCGACUUCUGCAUCUACUGGAUCCACCGCGGCCUGCACCACCCGCUCGUCUACAAGCGCCUGCACAAGCCGCACCACAAGUGGAUCAUGCCCACGCCCUACGCCAGCUACGCCUUCCACCCCGUCGACGGCUUCCUCCAGGGCCUGCCCUACCACCUGUUCGGGCUCAUCUUCCCGCUGCACAAGGUCGCCUUCCUCGGCCUCUUCAUCUUUGUCAACUUCUGGACCAUCAUGAUCCACGACGGCGAGUACAUCGCCAACAACCCCAUCGUCAACGGCGCGGCCUGCCACAGCGUGCACCACCUCGCCUUCAACUACAACUACGGCCAGUACACGACCCUGUGGGACCGCCUGGGCGGCAGCUACCGGGUGCCGGACGAGGACAUGUUCGACAAGAACGUCAAGAUGAGCCAGAAGCAGUGGCAGAAGCAGGUCAAGGAGAUGGAGACCAUCGUCAAGGAGGUCGAGGGCGAGGACGACCGCGUCUAUCUGCCCGAGGAGAAGGAGAGCAAGAAGUCGAGGUAA